AUGGCCAAACAAUCAGUGCUAGAUCUCGAGGUCCAGGACUUAGAUCCAGAGGGUCACACAACAGUAACACUCAGAUAUGACCCCGGAACUCAGAAGUUUCAGGUUCACCAUCCUCAGCGAACGUUGUCGCCCAGCACAUCGUUUUUCACGAAAUGCAUGGCCCCGUUCCUGCCAGCGGGGUACCCUUCUUCCGUACGAUCGGAUUACACUCCGUACCAGAUCUACGAUUCCGCCCAAGCAUUUGCUUCUACCAUUGCAGGUUUGCUAGCCUCAAGGGCUGUCUUUGUUGGAAUGGGCGUUGGGUCUGAGGAUGCCUCGCUUGUGACCACGAUGUUACUGUACGUUGCACAAGAAACCAUUGGGCGGGUUGCCACUAUUCUGUUCGCCUACCAGUUUUCGCAGAAGAUCGAAGCAGAAGUCAAGUUCUAUCGCUUCUUUGCCGACAUUGUCAACGAUAUAGCCUUCGUCCUUGACUGCCUGAGUCCAGGUCUGCCGCUGCUGGGGCGAAUCUGGACUCUGUGUAUCAGCAAUGCGUGCAGAGCUGUCUGCGGAGUCUCUGGUGGGAGCAGUAAGGCUAUCUUAAGCUCUCACUUCGCCAAGGAAGGCAACAUCGGAGAACUCAAUGCCAAAGAUGGCAGUCAGGAGACUGUCGUCAGCUUGGUCGGUAUGUGGGUUGGAGGUUUACUUGUCAGCAAAGUGCAGGGCACUUUCGAGACCUGGUGCUGCUUGCUGCCCUUGCUAGCAAUGCACCUGUGGGCAAAUUGGAAGGCUGUGAAGAGUGUGCGUCUGACUUCACUCAACAAGGACAGAGCCACUCUUUUGUUCAGUGCGCUCCUUCAGGGCAAGGUCAAAGGUCUCAAUGAGGUAGGCGAGGAGGAAUCCAUCUUGGGGCUAGGAAAGAUACUACGUGUCUUCAGUGACCAGAACGCCUUCCAAGUCGGUGUUAGCGUCAACAAGUUCCUGCAACACUUACCUGGCAAUGCGAACAAUUCCGCUCGAAAAUACGACCAUUUCGCUCAGCUGCUGAGGGUAUUUCAGGAGGAAGAUUAUCUGCUCUGGUGGGAUGUGCAAUCAAACCAAGGAUUCGUGCUGCUGAAAGAAUCGGCCACGGCUGAAACACAGGCGAGGGCGAUCUGCCAUCUACUUCGAAUUUCGAUGCGCAUGAAGGCAACCACGAAACCUGUCAACCUUUCGCAGCAGCGGAUCCUCGCGCAAAGCCGGCAAGAGACCUCCAGUACCACACCGAGUCACGAAAGCCCAGAGGAGAAGUCAAAUAUCCACGGUCAGUCCUUGCACUCGUACGACGGGCUUGACCCAGUCGUUCAGUCAAUUGUUGACACACUCCAUGAAAAUCGACAAGAAUGGCAAAAUAUGCACGAUCUCGCCCAGCGCGUCGGGUGGGAUCUCAACCUCACAAAUCUCGUCAGAGGACCUUGUCACCGCCUCCGAAUAGGGGACGCUUCACAUGAGAACAAAAAGAACAAAUGA